UUUAUUUUCUACUGUGUCCAGAAAUGUGACAACUAAACAUUCAACGCCAUUGUACUGAAUAAUUAUAAUUAUUAGUUCAAUGGUUUCUUCAGUUGUGCUUGUUUGUUCAUCGUGUAUACUUUCAAUUGUUUCAACAUGACGACAGGGUCAGCUUAUUUGGGGCCACAGGCGAAUCUUCAGCCUUCCUCCUUCCCCAGUUAGUUUCAGAAAAUGAAAAUUUGGCAUUAGUAUUACCAAAAUUGUGUUAACUGGUCACACCGUCGACUUCACUACACACGCACAUCAACUAUAUGUACACUCACACGAGAUAAAAAGUACAUGUUUACUGUUUCCUUCUGUUGUGCUCUUUCUAUUUUUAGGCGCUCAUUAUAUUCUCUUUUAAGCAGUUUUCGUUUCUAAGUAUCAUCCUACUUUGUUUAGUGGUUAAACCGGUUGUGGAUGGGGAAGGUAAGGUAACAGUUUCACUACGUAAACCCAUAUUCUGAUCAAAUCCCAUAGGACAUACUUUCUAUAUGUGGACUUAUUUUGUUUAAUCAGAUCGUACAGUAGAGCUUUUAAUACGGACUCACAGCAAGGCGUUUUUGUUUACGCUUUACCAGGGUCAAUUUUGGAGAAGCAAUUUUAUUAAGUUUGUUUCUGUUUCUCUCUUUACACAUUAAUUACCCUUGCUAACGAUCUCCCGGCUCUCUUACACUCUCAACAAGCAGAGAAUACUGACAAGUGAUGUGGCGUAUUGCUUGCUGGUAGAGGUUCGCUUGCUGCAAGUAAAAUAUCAUUGUGUUUUAAGAUCUUACACGUAGUGAUAAAACGGACGUGACGAAAUGUCAGCGAUUUCUAAGGCGCUGAUAAAACUGCCAUUGUCUUGAGAAUACGCUGAGAAGACAGCUGUGAUGUAAGAACAAUGGACGAAAACCCUCGUAACUGGGCAGAGCGCUGCGUUCGUUUUUGUGGCAAAGUAAUUUCUACUAAUAUGGAAGUGGUUUGUAAUGUUAGUUACGAUGACUGACAAUCAGAACAAAGAAGAUCGAAAAGUGAAGAGGAACCAUCACCAAUCACAAUCACAUGAUUCAAGGAGCAGGAGGGCAUCUACCACCAGCCAACAUAGAGUAUGGAGGCGUAGUGAUUCAGAGGUUAGGACCCACCAGGAGAUCAUACCCCCUAGACAUGGAGAAACAAAAAACAAAGUGUGGCGUAGCAGCUCGGAGAACAGGGCACACAAAGGGGUUACAUCUCCUGGAAUUAAAGUGUUGCAAUAUGGAGGAUUGCAUAGAGAACUGAAAGAUAAGACACAUAAGAGGGGUGCAUUCCUAGAACCUGACGAAUUAAAAAACAGAGCGGUACAAUGUGGCGCACAGGAUAAAACUCACAAGGAGGUUGCAUGCACUGAACCUCGAACACUACAAGAUAGACAGCGACAAAGUCGCUCAGUAGAUAGGACCCAUCAGGGAGGUACUUUUCCUGGUCCCAAAUCAUCACAAUACAGACUAGGGCAAAGUAUCUGUGAGGCAAGUAUCCACAAGAGUGGUAGAAACCCUGGAACUGGAGUGUCACGUCACAGACUGGGGCAAAGUGGCUCAGAGAAUGGGACCUUCCAGAGCAAAGAAGUGCCAAACACGAAUGACAGAAGGGUGACAGUGGCAGUAGUGAUGAAGCUGCUAGCUCAGAGGUAUGGGGGUUAUGUGGGCACAAAGGAGGCAGCUGAGCUGGUGCAGAUAUGCAAGCCCGAGUUCCUGCAUGAGAUUGAGGUCUUUGUCAGCAGUUCUGCACCAGACACAGACUUUCUGAGUGACUUUGCAACCUUCUGCCUCAGUACCUUCAAGUCUCUACCAAGCAGUAUAUGCACCCAGUUUCAGAAUGCCCUUAUUAUAUCCCUGCAGAUAGUGGAAAUUUCUGGUGAUGCUGCACUUAAGGAUCGGUUCACUAGAUUGCAGGCGAAAUUGGCAGAGCAUAUGCACAAGCUAGAGGAGCUAGAUGCCAGGUUUACCAAGCAAAACUUUCGGUCUGUACCUGUGCUGCCACUACAGGCAGAUGCCUUCCAGUCCUCUUCGGGUGGUGCGGAAGUUACAGUGACCAGUGUUGAGCAGCGCUAUUUGUCUGUGCUGUUCUUUUCUCUGUAUGAAGCUUUCAUGGGUCGUAUUCGCGAUGGUAUCAGGAGCUUCCGUGAUUCAGAGAAUGCAGCAAUCAAGCUCAAGUGUAACAUGCGCUUUUUCCGAGACGUGCAGUUCAUGAGCCCGGUUGUUGUUGAUGAUCGCCUGUGUCUGGCCACAAGUCUUGCACCUUUGGACCAUCUCACCACUGGUACACUUGUCUGUUUUAGUUGCAAUGGUUUCCGAUCACUUCUGUUUGCCACUGUUGUCCGUGCUGACAGCCAGAUUGUAGUGUGGCUUUUUGGUAACUUUGUCCUUAGGCAACUGUUUGAGCAAAAGUAUGUGAUGGCUGACAGUGGGCUGUUUGCAGAGCCCUCUGUCAGUGUGCUGUUGUCACUGCAGCAGUUGCAGGUGGUGCCACUGAAGCAGUACCUAGUGGAAGGUGCCACAGUAAUUGUGCACAAGCAUCAGAUACAAGAGCAGUCUGAUCUCGACUCAUGGCAGCAUGAGGCCUUCAGCAGUGCUCUCACUCAUGAGCUGUGUGUGGUUCUGGGACACCCAGGUUCUGGAAAGACAUAUGUUGGAUGCACAGUGGCGCGUAACUCAAGGCCACCAGUUCUUGUAAUAUGCAAAUCACACAGCGGGUUGGAUUUUUUCUUGCGGCAGCUGGCCCCGCUCAGUGUUGCACGGCUCUCCGACAGGACGAAGCAUGAGCAUAACCAGCAGAGAAGGAAACUGUGUGAGCAAAAGAAUGUCAUGUGGAAGCACCUCAGGACACUGGAAUUAGAUCUGGCUCUGUUGGCACGCAAUGAUGGUGUGGUGUCACUGUCAUCUCUUCGGGAGAGCGGUGUGGUGUGUGAUGCACACUUUUGGAGUUUCACACGUCUACCAAACAUUAACAGUGUGUUCUACAGUUGGCUUAUAGAUGAAGCAAAGCCUUCUGAUGCGCAGCCCAUCCCACAUAGCCAUGUAUCAUUUAGUGGCAUCUCCCCUCUGUCCGAACAUACUGUGCUGUCUGCUGUGCAGUCAUCACUCAGGUGGGCAGAACGCUUAGAGAAUGUGGAAAGGCAGCGUUCUGAUGUGACCACUAAUAUCAGGAAACUGCAGGAACAGUGGGGGAGUGGAGAAGAUGUGACACAGGAGACGCAUAUUCAAAGGAAGUUGUACCGUCUUCUGGCUUUCAAGUUACAGCGGCUCAGGACGCGGUUGACAGGGACUUUGCCAAGUGAUAGACUGAGGACCUGCCGUGAUGUGUGGCAGCUUAAACCAGAUGAGCGCUGGGGUCUGUAUUUUGCAUGGGUAACUUCUCUGCGUGCCAGACUGUUAGACAAAAUGUCAUAUCUGCAGGCUCAGCUCAUUCUGGAGGACAGGAAGCUCAAACUUGCAGACCAGCUCAUAGACCUUCAGAUAGCUCAACAGAGGGCAGUAGUUGGAGUAACAGCAGAGGAGGCCACAAAGCUGAGGUCUCUACUGGAGAAGUUGGCACCUAAGACAGUGAUUGUGGAUGAGGCUACCAACAUAACAGAGGCUCAGCUAGUGACCUGUCUCCCACAGUCCUGCCAGCGGAUUGUGUUACUGGGAGAGCCAAGGGCUGUCCAAGAUGCAGCAAGUCUCCAAAAGGCCCAUUUGCCUCAUUUGCACAGCCUAGUGUACAGACUGGUUGAAAAGGGGAUACCUAUCUCAGAACUCAAAUCACAGCAUCGCAUGCAGUCGCAGGUGGCCAGAGUCAUCGUGCCAACACUGUAUCCUGGAUUGGAGGACCACAGCAGUGUUAUUAACAUAAGCAAAGUGAAGGGUGUCAACCAGAAUGUGUUCUUUGUUACUCAUGAACAUUUGGGAGUCAAGGUUGGCAAUGUCUCUGACUACCAGAAUUUGCAUGAGGCUGACUUUCUGCUUGCACUGUGUCACCACUUGGUCUUGCAAGGCUAUAAUACGCAGGAUAUAACAAUUCUUACAACAUACCCCAGCCAGCAACAGUAUCUGCAGAAGGAAUGUGAGAGCUCAUUACUGAUGCAAGGGGUGCAAGUCUUACUGGUUGAAGACUUCCGUGGCCAAGAAUGCAAGAUAGUGCUGGUCUCUACAGUGCAUCAGGAAGGAUCACGGCCAAGCACUGCAGAAUACAUCAGCGUGAUGCUGACACGUGCACAGGAGGGCUUGUAUGUUAUCAGCAAUCUGCAGCAGCUUGCCAAAAGCAACACAGUCUGGCAUUUAGUCCAGAAAUCAUUGGAGAAGUCUGAUGUAGUUGGCCUGCAGCUGCUACUCAGGUGUCAGGUGCAUCCAGAUGAGCUAACAGCAGUAUCAAGCGCAUCAGACUUUUCACAGAUCCCCGAGGGGGGCUGCAUGCUUCCAUGUAACUACACACUGAAGUGUGGCCACACAUGCCACAAGCAGUGUCACAUCAGUGAUCUACAGCAUGAUUCAUACCAGUGCAAGCAACAUCAGCAAGAGCACACCUGGUUGCCAACCACUUGAGAAGCACCGAGUCUUCUUGAGUCUAAGGAUUGAAUUUCAUCAUGUGAACAGAAGGCUCAUUAGUUCCAGGUGUGAUAAUGUGAUGGAGAGAAAUGAUACUGGACAGUUUUCACCUGUUGUCAUUAUCACUUUUAAACUAUUUUCAGACUUUUUAUUUGGGUUCAGUUCAAGUUUCAAGCUUUAACAUAUUUAUGUACUUGUACUGCUUUUCAUACACAUGAAAGACCUUUCUUGCAGAACAAAUUUUUAUGUAAUUUAAUAUUGGGGCUUCUUAACC